AUGGCGGAGCAGCUGGCGCACCCCGCAUCCUCUGAGGAGGUGAGCUGCCCUCCAGCCGCUGCGGGAUACUGCGGGAACGCGGCGCGUCUGCCCGCGUCAGGGGCUCACUGCGCCUGUGCGGCUGUGGGGGCCCACGUGCCGUUCGCGUCCAGUUUGGCAGCUUCAGCAUCCACACGUAAAAACAGCUGUGAAACAGUUUGCUACGCGGUGCAUCCCUUCCCAUCCAGCCACCUGGUGGAUGCUGAGAGGCACAUCACCUUCCUUCCACUACUUCGAAAUCAUUCACAACCUGCAAUUCUUGCCAGCCCACAUCUACAGCAAACUUCCAGUCUUUUUCAAGGGGAACUUGAUUUAAAUCUGUGCAUUGCCAAGGGCAAGAAGCAGAGAACAUGGAUCGAGAGACAGAAGUUUCAGCAGAAGGCUCUGAAGCAAACUAAGCAGAAGAAAUCCAAGUCGGCUGAAUUUCUGAUGGUUAAAGAAGAUGGAGAAGCUACGGAAGGCACUGGAAAUCCAGCUUUUAACAUGAGCAGCCCAGAUCUCUCAGCCCAACAGGCUUCAGAAAAGAAAGUUAUUAGACAUGACAUGCGGGAUCGCACCCUUGCAGCUCACCAACAAAAAUGCAGGCUGCAAGCCUCUGCUGAACCAAAAGGAAAUGAAUACAGCAGAAAUUACUUUGACCCACUGAUGGAUGAGGAAAUAAACCCAAGGCAGUGUGGGAUGGAGGUCAGCCAAGAGGUUGAUAAUAGAAUUCUAUAUGAUCAAUUAGUGAAGUUGUUCCUUGAGGUUUUUGAGAUAAUGACAGUGACAAAUAUUAUUCAGCAUGAGAGCCUUGUGGAGGGGACUUUGAGUUCUGAAUACCCGGUGAGUUCCAGAAAGAAUCUUGAACACUACAAAAAGGAUAGUGAAGCCAUCUCUGCCGACAGUGAGGAGACCGAAAGAAGCACUCAGAAAAACGUAAUUCUGCCAGGAAGUCCUUCAUUGGAACAGGUCAGCACUAAAUCUAAAUCAAGAAAUGUAGACUAA